CCGCCCUCUGUGGCAGCGGCCCGGGCGCGGUGCCCGCCGAGGCCCCCCGCGGCGGGCGGCCGCGCGGGAUGGCCUCCGCCAGCGGGUGCCCGGCGCCGGCCUGCUGACGGGAGGGAGGAGCCCGAUGCAGGAGCAGGGAUCCCCUUCGGGCGGGCUCCAGCAGCGCAUCGCCGACGGCAAGAAGGUGACGAUCCGGGGCCUGCUCCAGCAGAAGGAGUACAAUGGCAAGAAUGGCCAGAUCAAGGGCUUCGACGCGGAGACUGGCCGAUACCAGGUCAAGGUGGUGGUGCUCGCGAAGGAGCACGCGGGCAUGCUUGGGGGGCAGGAAACGGUCAUCCAGCUCAAGUUCGAGAACAUCGAACUUCAUCGAGACCAGGUGGAGCGCGACAACGUGCUGUCGGGGGACGAGAUCGUCCUCUUGGGAGCUGGUGAUGCGAAGCGGGCGCUGUACGAGGCCAGGCUGGACCCGCAGUACUGGUACGACAAGGCCAUCGACCGGGUCUUCGCUGCCAGGAACGACUUCGAGGUGCUGGACCUGCCGGCGCAGGAGAUCAAAGAGCUCGGCACGCUGAAGCGCCAGUACCGCAAGAUCUCGCUCGCCGUGCACCCGGACAAGAACAGCCACCCGCAGGCCGCCGACGCCUUCCGCAAGGUGUACGGCGCCUUCGAGACCCUCAUGGACGCGAGGCAGCAGCGCCGGCUCCUGUGGAUCCUGGGCAAGCUGGACCAGAGCGCAGAGGAGCAGGUCACGUUCGAGGAAGAAGAGGAGGACGAGCUCUUCCAGUGGUGGUGGGAGGCCUCGGUCCCCGAGAUCGAGAAGCAGGCGGCGGAGUUCGAGGGCCAGCGCUACGACGACUUCGGGGCCAUGUGGAUCUCCGACGGCCUGGGUGGCAGCGUCGAGG